UAGGGGAAAUGAUUUUUAAAUUUAGUAUAAAGUAUUCUAAAGCAUUUUAAAACAGCCACAAUUUCGUUUCGUAUGCGUUUGCUUUAGCGUUAUUUUUAACUCAUUACACUAUGGUAAGCGCGAAGUAGUGCAAAAGUUAUUCAUACCAUCAUCCACCGACGAAUUUCUGUAUGCAACACAUUUCGCCAUAAAUUACUUGGCAAUUUAAUGGAUUUUAUCAUCUGUUCGAAAUAUCAAUAUAUAAGAAGUUGCUGUAACGAAAAAUCAUCAAUGGAUGGUGAAAAUGAGAACAACGAACUUCAUAAUGAAAAUUACAUAUUCCUCGAACGAAAAAAUAAAAUCGAAAGUACAUAUCCUGUUGUCAACGGAGAGCCAUUACAUUCUGGUAAAAACGAACGCUAUGAUAAAUGUUUUAAUCGACCUUUAUUGUGGAAUGGAAAGAGAUCAGAUUUUGUUCAUCAAUUUUCUGAGUUAUCUUUUGGUGUGAAAGAUCAAAUAAAUAAUGAAGAUACACAAGAGCAAAAUUAUUCUUCUUUCAACACGCAGGAAGACAAAGAUUUUCGAUGUCCUAGAUGCGGUCAAAAGAUGCAAGAACCUAGAUUACUUCCUUGCUUGCAUCCCAUAUGUUCACCGUGUGUUGCAGAAUUAAUGAGUAAACCAAUUUAUAAUUCUUCAAAAAGUAUCAAAAUACAAAAUACCCAAUUGGAAUGCGGUAAAAAUAAAUAUUACGAAAUUUGUCCUUUAUGUGAUUUUCAAUUGCCAAACGCUAAUUCAACAAUUCCACCUCCGCAUUAUCCUCUUCAACAUCGUUUAGUAAUGAGUGCUAUUCGCUCUAGAUUUGCAAACAAAAUACUUUGUGAUAUUUGCCAAGAUGAAGUUAUUGCAGUUGUUCAGUGCUCUACGUGUCUUCGCAAUUUUUGCUUGGACUGUGGCAUGGAACAUCAACAACAAAUCUCAUUGGAAUUAAAGCCAUUGAAACAUUCAAUAAAACCACUGUGGGAAGCUACAAAAGUACGACGUACCACACUUUGCCAACAGCAUCCCACACACGCUUUGCGUUUUUAUUGUAUUGCUUGCCAACAGGUAACUUGUAAAGAAUGUAUGUGGAGUAACCAACACAGAGGUCAUGCAAGCGAAAAUGCUGUUGGAGCUGCAAAACGAGUUAUUUUGUAUUUAACUAAAAUGCUGCAAAGGGCAAAAAUGCUUUUAAACAAGCUGUUAACGCAGUACAACCGAGAUGCGUUCUCAAACAGUACCUUUGAUGAAAUAAGGGAUACUUUCAUUUCAAUAGAUUAUAGGUAUGUUAAACUGAUAAAUUUUUAUCAGUUAUUUACAUAAUAUAAAAUGGGGAAAUAGGAAGAUUCUGAAAUAAAAGAUAUACCAUUAUAAAAAAAAAUAUAUGUACAUACAUGUACAUGAAUUGUCAUGUGAUGAUUGUUACUAUAGAUCUUAAGAUUCAAUUAAAAAUAUGUUGAGACUGUCAUUUGAGGUGAAAAUUUGUACAUUCCUGCGAAUAUAAAAAUCUGUGAUAAAAAAAUAAAU